AUGAAUCUGAGGCCUACAUCGAGAUUAUCUUCAGGUCGGACUGUUGAAAGCCAGAAUCACUCGCCACGACCAUGGACAACUCGCCAAGUGGUCUUGUUGACAGCACUGGCAGGCUCGGUGGCUUGCGCGCUCAGCUUACUGGCCACCAGCUUCGAAAUAAACAGCAGUAGACAGUCGGAGCCGACAUAUGCAAAGCCCAGGGAAAUGAUCCUCGCAAUUGAUGAACUGAGAGCAUGCCUUUCCGAUGAUGCGAUCAGUACUGAUGACGACGAUCUUCGUUCCCAUGGCUAUUCCGCAUGGUCUACGAUCAAUGCCGAAAGACUGCCGGUUGCUAUUGCCUAUCCGAAGACAACGGAAGAGGUGUCCCAGAUAGCCAAGAUUUGCCACAACUAUCGCAUACCCAUGGUCCCUUACUCCGGAGGAUCCAGCCUGGAGGCAAAUUUCUCGGCUCCAUUUGGCGGCAUUACUAUCGACUUCGCUUUCAUGGACAAAAUUGUUGCAUUUCAUAAAGACGAUAUGGACGUUGUCGUUCAACCGUCAGUCUCCUGGAUGGACCUGAAUGAGCAACUCAAAGAUGACGGGCUCUUCUUUCCGGUAGACCCCGGUCCAACGGCCAAGAUUGGAGGCAUGGUGGGAACAUCUUGCAGUGGAACAAAUGCCGUUCGGUACGGAACGAUGAAAGAUUGGGUGAUCAAUGUCACUGCGGUCUUAGCGGACGGCACUAUUAUUAAAACGAAACGCAGACCCCGGAAAUCAUCAGCAGGUUAUAAUCUGACUAGCCUCUUUGUUGGUUCAGAAGGCACGUUGGGAAUAGUCACAGAGAUAACACUUAAAUUGGCUGUCCUGCCACAAGAGACGAGUGUCGCGGUGGUGACCUUUCCUACAAUGAGAGAUGCUGCGGCCACUGCCUUCCAGGUCAUGCGAGCCGGGAUCCCUAUUGCAGCCAUGGAGAUUAUGGAUGAGGUACAGAUGAAUGUAGUCAAUAGGUCUGGGACAACAACCCGGAAAUGGAAAGAAGUCCCCACGCUAUUUUUCAAGUUUGCAGGAACAAAAGCAGGGGUGCAUGAGAAUAUCGGUCUUGUGAAGCGGAUUGCUGGGAGCCACAAUAGUGAAGAGUUCAAAUUUGCCGCUGAUGAAAAGGAACGCAAUGACUUGUGGUCUGCACGGAAGCAAGCGCUAUGGAGUAUGUUAGCUCUGCGAGAAAAGGAUUCGGAAGUCUGGUCCACAGACGUCGCGGUCCCUCUAUCAAGGCUUCCAGAGUUGAUUGAGAUAUCCAAAAAGGAAUUGGAUGAACUUGGCUUGUUUGCAAGCAUCCUUGGCCAUAUCGGCGACGGAAACUUUCAUGAGAGCAUCAUGUAUGACAAAAACGAUACAAAGCAGCGCGAAGCCGUUCGGAAAUGUGUUCAUGCCAUGGUUGAGCGGGCUCUUGAGAUGGAAGGAACAUGCACAGGUGAGCAUGGUAUUGGGCUCGGUAAGAAGGAAGCGCUCUUCGCGGAAUUGGGACCGGAGACAAUCAAUGUUAUGCGAAGCUUGAAGCGGGCUAUGGAUCCACAUUGGCUUAUGAACCCGGGGAAGAUCAUUGAUCCUUGA